UUGGCGUAGAUUGUAAGGUAGGGCUCCUUCCAUUGAAACCAAGACAGAUCCCAAGUAAAAGGCAUAUGCCAGGCUUCCGAUUCUAUCUUUGGCACCUAAGGCCUGAGUCAUAUGGUGGAAAAGGACACGGUAUGGGUGUAACAUUGAGGGGAAAAACCACAGAUAAGUCAUAUAAGAUUCGUUGG